GGCCUGGCCGGGCCCUGAUUGGUUAGUGUGCUCGAGGAUGCCAGUGGGGUCUUCUGGCUCCGACAGCCGGGGCGGGUCUUUUGCUGCUCGACCUGAAGGUGCGCGAAAUGCGGAAAGUGGUUUUGAUCACCGGGGCGAGCAGUGGCAUCGGCCUUGCCCUCUGCAAGCGGCUGCUGGCGGAGAACGAUGAGCUUCACCUGUGCCUGGCCUGCAGGAACACGAGCAAAGCGGAAGCGGUCCGUGCGGCUCUGUUGGCCUCUCACCCCGCCGCGCAGGUCACCACCGUGCAAGUGGAUGUCAGCAACCUGCAGUCGGUGAUCGGGGCUGCCAAGGAGCUGAAGCAAAGGUUUCAGAGACUGGACUACUUAUAUCUAAAUGCCGGGAUCAUGCCUAACCCACGGCUGAAUGUCAAAGCACUUAUCUCUGGCUUCUUUUCAAGAAGAGUGAUUCAUAUAUUCUCCACAGCUGAAGGACUACUGACCCAGGAGGACAAGGUCACUGCUGAUGGACUCCAGGAGGUGUUUGAAACCAAUGUCUUUGGCCACUUCAUCCUGAUUCGGGAACUGGAAGCUCUCCUCUGUCACAGCGACAGUCCCUCUCAGCUCAUCUGGACAUCCUCUAAGAAUGCAAAGAGAUCUAAUUUCAGCCUUGAGGACUUCCAGCACAGCAAAGGCCAGGAGCCCUACAGCUCGUCCAAGUAUGCCACUGACCUUCUGAGUGUGGCUUUGAACAGGAACUUCAACCAGCAGGGUCUGUAUUCCAGUGUAGUGUGCCCGGGUCUUGUGAAGACCAAUUUGACAUACGGAAUUCUGCCUCCCUUUGUGUGGACACUGCUCAUGCCAAUCAUCUGGCUGCUUCGCUUUUUUACAAAUAGUUACACUAUGACACCAUACAAUGGAGCAGAAGCACUGGUAUGGAUUUUCCACCAAAAGCCCGAGUCUCUUGAUCCUCUGACCAAAUAUCUGAGUGUCACCACAGGCUUUGGAAACAAUUACGUCAAGACGCAGAAGAUGGAUCUAGAUGAAGACGCUGCUGAAAAAUUUUACCAAAAGUUACUGGAAUUGGAAAAACAAGUGAGGGACACCAUUCACAAAAGAUAACCAGAGCUGAGAGUGAGGCUCGAACAUGAGCAUCUUCUGUACAUUCUGGGGUACUUGCGUUCCCUUUGAACUGGCCAAUAAAUAUUUAUGUAAACUUUGG